UUCUAUGACAUGGAAGAAAUAGAAACUAUAAAAGUUUUAUUACAGAAAAGAAAAAAUAUUUACCACGAAAAGUAUGAAAAUGAUAAGAAAAAACAGAUAGAAGAAUAUAAUAAUUUAAUGAAGCAGUUGACAGCUUUACGAGGAUAUAGGAUAAUGACUCAUAUUCACGUGUUUUUAGAAGAAAGUAUUCAAUGUCAAGAAAUCAUUGGUAAAAACUGCAUUAAUUUAAUUACAAAUGAGAAUGCAGUAAAAAAAUUAUUAUAUGAUUCAAAACAUGUACCGGGUUUACCAAUAUCUCAUGACUGUCAUCAACAAUCCAUAGAAUUUUUCUCAAAUGCUUUAGAAUUUCUAAACAACUUUCAAACUUCUGAUGGACCUUUAGAAAUCUUACAAAAGGAUAAUGUUGAUACUGAGAAGUUAAAUAACGAUAUUAUAGCAUGUACCAACCAUGUAAGCAAUGAAUUUUAUAAAGCAAAAUCUGCAUUUCUGCAUGUAGAAAAAGUCAGAAAUAAUAUUGAAGUUCUAUGUGAUUUUGACUUUAUUUCUGAUGAUGAAAAUGCAGAGUUAAGUGCAUCUGAUUCAUAAUCUAUUGACCUCAUAUGUAAGGUAAAGCUGUCACAUUCGGAUAGUAGCGUCUGUUUACAUACACGAUCAGCUGUGCCAUCGCUAUGGUAACGAAAUUACGACGGCCCUUACGUCUGAUGAUUGGUUAGUCAAGAGUCACGUGAUGCGAAAAGGGAAG